UGGUUUCGAUCUGAAAGAGCUGAAGCUUCCAUCUCACUCAGCCAACAGCCCCUGCUCUGUCUGGCAUACUCUCCCCGUCUCCCAAAAUUUUCCCGUCGUGUACAGAGAACUCUUCAGCUGUAGCCACCCGCCGUAUGCCUUGAGCCCUCGAUUCACAUUCUCCGCCGCUCCGCGUUCAAUCAGCGGUUCAACUGCACGACGAGAAGGAGCAGCUCUGUUCGAUUCAGCUCUGGUUCAACCGUCGCUAUACCACCGCACCGCUGCAUUACUUCCAUUUCGUCACCGUUGUUCGAUUCAGCUUGACAAGGAGCAUCUCAUCUGCUGCUUCCAUUUUAUCACUGUUGUUCGAUUUCGUCUGCUGCUUCAUCCUGCUUUGUUUCUUCUUCAUUCGGCUGCUUUGGUCCGGUAUCAGUAUUUAGUUCAGUUAACUCUGUGCAUGUCUCUCACCCUCCUUGUCUAAGUAUUUGAAGGUUUUCAGUUGAAACAUCAGCAAUAAUUACCAUCAACUAUGAUUUGAAGGUUUUCAGUUGCAUGUCUCUCACCCUCCUUACCUCCAGACCUUCUCUUUAACUUUCUCUUCUCUUGCUCUUUCCCUAAAUCCUGCAAUGGGUUUCCUCUCCUAGCUAUAACUAUAAGAAGGCGGCAAAUGAUGGGCCCGCCAAAGAAACAUUUCCUCCCUCUAAUCUUUCUUAUCUCCCUUUUCAUCCUCUUCUUUUUUUCCCACUAUCAUUCCCCUCUUCCCAUCACCCCUCUAAGCCCUAAUCUUAACCCUAAUUUUAGUCCAAUUAAUAAUGAUAACAAACAACUCAGCCCCCAAAACACCCCCACUUUCACUUUCGUCAUCAAGGUCCUCGCUUUCAACCGCCCGGACUCACUCUCCCGAUGCCUCCAUUCCCUUGCCAAUGCUACGUAUGAUGGUGACACUGUCCAUCUCCAUGUCUACAUUGACCAUUUUCCAUUUGCCAAUGAAUCACUCGAAGUCUUGGACCAACAACUGGAGAACUCACAUAAGAUUUUGGAGUUUGUUGAUGGAUUUCAUUGGAUUUUUGGGAACAAGGUGGUGCAUUACCGGACUGGGAAUAUGGGAUUGCAGGCGCAAUGGCUAGAGGCAUGGUGGCCAAGUUCUGAUGACGAGUUUGCAUUUGUUGUGGAGGAUGAUCUUGAGGUUUCUCCACUGUUUUAUAAGUUUGUGAAGGCUGUGAUUCUUAAUUAUUACUAUAAUAUUAACAGCUCUAGUCCUUCAAUCUAUGGCGUCUCGCUUCAGCGUCCAAGGUUUGUCCCAGGUAAACAUGGAAACAAAAUACAGUUGGGUAAUGGAACACGGAUUUUCUUGUAUCAGUUGGUUGGCACUUGGGGUCAGAUUCUCUUUCCAAAACCUUGGAAAGAGUUUAGGCUGUGGUAUGACAAGCACAAGGCCAAAGGCAUGAAGCCAUUUCUUGAUGGAAUGGUGACAACUGGAUGGUAUAAAAGAAUGGGAGAAAGGAUCUGGACUCCUUGGUUCAUUAAGUUUAUUCAUUAUAGUGGUUAUUUUAACAUCUACACCAAUUUGGGCCAUGAGAGAGCACUCAGUGUCUCUCACAGAGAUGCUGGUGUUAAUUACGGGAAAACAGCUGGACCAGACUCCCAAUUAGUGCAUGAAAGUUCUUUUGACUACAACUUUCUGGAAAUGGAACCUUUGAGUAAUUUGAAAUGGUUUGAUUUCUGUUUCAGAGAAGUACUUCCUGGAAGAGUGGUAAGGAGUGUGGAUAAUCUUGAGUCUGUCCUUGGGUCUGUACAGAAACAGCAGACCGUUCUGCUUGUCAACAUAUAUGGUACAUCAGAAACCAUCACAAGGAAUCUGUUAUGCCACUUUGAGAGUCUAAACAUUAAAAACUAUAUAUUUAUGGGUCCUCAUUCUGAUUUUCUGUAUGAUCUUGCUAGAAGAGGACAUCCUGUUAUUGAUGGCAGCCAGCUCCUUGACAAUAUGAGAGCACAGAAAAUAAUCAGACUUCAAGAUUCCAGCACAAAACUGGUAGACGUAUUGGUGAAAGCUUAUGUGACGAAGAAAUGUUUGGAAUACAAGUACCAUUCCUGGAUAGUAGACUCAAACAUGCUUUUUGUCAGUAAUGAUUUAUUUCAUGAGUUUGUCAAUACGUGCAAUUAUGACUUCUGUGCUGGGAAGAGCUUGGAGAUUUCCUUUGUCAGGAGCUCAUCUUCUGCUCAAAAAAUUUGGGCUGACGGUUUCUUGAAACAGAUUGCUACAGCAAUCGGUCAAGCUUCAUUACCCGCAGAGAGUAGAAACUUCAUUUACAUUGUGGAAAACUUGUUGGAACAAAAUGGUUUAAGAAUUAACAGGGUUGAUGAGACAAGGUUUGGCAUGAAGAUUGGUGCCAAUAGCGUUAAUCAAUCCUCAUUGGAGGCUAGGAAAAUGGUUUAUUGGUCAAUGGAUAUGGAUCUGAAUUUGGUUCAAAAGCAGCUUGAAGAAUUGGGUAUGUGGGCUCUGGAUGGUGACUCCUCUUGCAAAGCUGUUGUCUGUCACCAAUCAUAGCGUUUGAUUUCUUUUUUAAAAUACAUCUUUGCACAAUUUGAUCUACCGUUUUUUUCUGCAUCAUGUUCUUUUAGUUCUUCACAGUAAAUUGUUGAAGGUGUUGGUUCGGGGAAGUUAGUACAGGACAAUUUUUUAGGCUCUCUUUCUGGUUUCUUUCCCCAUGCAAUAUUUUAAUUAAUUAUCUUUAGCUGAUCAUC